UUAGUGAUUUUCUCAGUAUUUAUCUUCUCUAUUACCAUCUCGGAGUUGGUCGUGUCUCAGAGCUGUCCAGCAAUAUAUCGACGACUCAGCGAAAAUCAUUCUUAUUGCAUGUCUUCAACAUGCAAGGUGGUAGCAGGAGGAAAAGUUUCGGAGAGUGAUAAACAAACAAUAUUAAAAGUGCACAAUGAAUUAAGAAGUAAAUUGGCAACUGGAAAGGAAACUCAAUAUCAAAAAUUGCCCUCUGCCGCUAACAUGAUGCAAAUGGAAUGGGAUGAUGAAUUAGCAGCUAUAGCUCAAGCCCAUGCGAACCAAUGUAAAUUUGAACACGAUUCCGGAGAUCAGCGUGCAGUAGGGAACUUUAGCGUUGGACAAAAUCUCUUUCAAUCAGCCGGAAGUUUAUCUAUAAAUUGGAAUGGAGUUAAAAUGUGGUACACUAGCGAAGUAAAAUAUUUCCAUCCAGAAUACAAUAAUCCCUUUCAAUUUCAAAGCACUUACGGACAUUUUUCUCAAGUUAUUUGGGCAAAGACGUGGAAAGUUGGAUGUGGUGUAGCCGGAUAUGAAGAAAAUGGUGUCAAAAAGGUUCUGUAUACUUGUAACUACGGACCGACCGGAAAUUUGGGUGGUUCAGAAGCGUACCAAGUAGGAUCUGCAUGUUCUGCUUGUCCUAAAAACACUAAAUGUUCCGAUACUUAUCCGGGAUUAUGUAAUAUUCAGAGUCUUCCAAUAUCAAUCAUUACUGUAAUUUAUGUUGAUUAUUAUCUGUAUAGUAUGCGAUGUAGUGUACAUCAAGCUAUAGAUAACUGUCCGAGUUUCAUCCCUCAUCUGAGUUCAAACGUCUUGUAG